AUGUCUUCGGCUGAGCGGGAAGGUCAUCUUUCUAGACUCAGAUACGGAUUCCGGGAUCGGUGGAAGGGGCAAUCUGACAAGCGUAGCUCGAAACUUCCAUCCAUCGGCGUAGAGCCUGCAAAAUCUGGACGUGCUCACCAUAAAAGUCCUGCUCAGUCCAAAAGUUCGAGUUCUGUUGGAGCGGAACGCACCGUGACCUCUGAAGCUCCUGAUGUAACGACUAAGCACGCUUCGAUCCACAAAGCCCUAUGGGAAAAUGCUUAG